AUGAACGCGAGCGCCUCCUCGCUCAAUGAGUCCCAGGUGGUGGCAGUGACCGCCGAGGGAGCGGCGGCGGCGGCCACAGCGGCAGGGGCGCGGGACAGCGGUGAAUGGGGGCCCCCUGCAGCGGCGGCGCUGGGGGGCGGCGGCGCGGCUAACGUGUGCCUGGAGCUGUCUUCUCAACUGCCGGCCGGGCCGCCGGGGCUGCUGCUGUCGGCGGUGAAUCCUUGGGACGUGCUCCUGUGCGUGUCGGGGACGGUGAUCGCAGGCGAAAAUGCUCUGGUAGUGGCUCUAAUCGCGUCCACCCCCGCGCUGCGCACGCCUAUGUUUGUGCUGGUGGGCAGCCUGGCCACGGCCGACCUGCUGGCGGGCUGCGGUCUCAUCCUUCACUUCGUGUUCCAGUACGUGGUGCCCUCAGAGACGGUAAGCCUGCUCACGGUGGGCUUCCUCGUGGCUUCCUUCGCUGCCUCGGUCAGCAGCCUGCUUGCUAUCACGGUGGACCGCUACCUGUCUCUCUACAACGCGCUCACCUACUACUCGCGCCGGACCCUGUUGGGCGUGCACAUCCUGCUCGCCGCCACCUGGACGGUGUCCCUAGGCCUCGGGCUGCUGCCGGUGCUCGGCUGGAACUGCCUAGCAGAGCGCGCCACCUGCAGCGUGGUGCGCCCGCUGACGCGCAGCCACGUGGCGCUGCUCUCCGCCGCGUUCUUUGUGGUCUUCGGCAUCAUGCUGCACCUGUACGUGCGCAUCUGCCAGGUGGUCUGGCGCCACGCGCACCAGAUCGCGCUGCAGCAGCACUGCCUGGCGCCGCCCCACCUGGCAGCCACCAGAAAGGGUGUGGGCACGCUGGCCGUGGUACUGGGCACUUUUGGCGCCAGUUGGCUGCCCUUCGCCAUCUAUUGCGUGGUAGGCAGCCGCGAGGACCCGGCAGUCUAUACCUACGCCACCCUGCUGCCCGCCACCUACAACUCCAUGAUCAAUCCCAUCAUCUAUGCCUUCCGCAACCAGGAGAUUCAGCGUGCCCUGUGGCUCCUGUUCUGUGGCUGUUUCCAGUCCAAAGUGCCCUUCCGUUCUAGGUCCCCCAGUGAGGUCUGA